AUGCUUGCAGAACAACCUGAAACAAAUUCUACCAACAAUACUGGAUACCCACAAAUUAAUGGAAAUGGACUCCAUAGUCAAGGACACGAGUUAAUCCACUAUCCAACAAUCUGUGGUCACAUUUCACAACCAAAUGUACGUACUUCGUAUGUUCACCCGAAAUUUACGUCUCGCCCGGAAGCUGGAAAAUUAUUGGCAAAAUUAUUAAGAUAUUACGCGAACCAUGACAAUACUGUUGUAUUCUCCAUAAAACCUGAGGCAACUUUACUCGCACAUGAAAUCGCCAAAGACUUAAAUCUUCCACUUGAUUUGUUUAUUAUUCGAUUAUUGCAAAUUGGUGGUUUGACUUAUGGCGCAAUUUCCAAUCGAUCACCAGAGGUUAUGUUGAAGAAUCAAAUUGUCCGUGAUAUUUCACAAGAAACGAUUGACAAUCUUGUUGCGCAAGAGCGAAUCGAACUACAAAAUCUAAUCAACAAAUACUCACCAAACCAAACUCCGAUUCCUACCGGUGAAUGCGCAACGAUAAUUCUAGUCACCGACGGCAUUCAAACAGGACAGAAUGCCCGAGCGGCAAUCACUAUCCUGAAAUCGAUGCUAGGGUAUGACGGUAAAAUUAUCUUGGUUGCUGGUGUGAUUGGAUCGGAUGCACAAAAAACGUUUAAACAUGAAGUAGAUGAUGUUGUGUCGUUGAAGGGGCCGCAGAUUGUUGGGACUGUUGCUUCUUGGUACCAAAACAAUGAGCAAGCAUCCGACGAGGAAAUAAAAAGUAUUCUGCAAACAUAA